UUCGUUGCACUACAGGCGAAGAAGAAACGCACAGCGGCCAGCCGGCCACAUGUGAUGUGAAUGUUCAGAGGCAGAAAAACAUGGUGGAGAAGAGUGACAUCCGCGUGGUUCGCUGCGGCGGCAGCAAAGUAAACUUUAGACCUCCGAUCAUCUCCACUGACUCCAGGUUUGUGUUGUGCGCCUCUGGGGAUUUAGUGAAGGUCUAUAGCACACGCACAGAAGAGUGGCUCCAUAGUCUGCAGGGCCACACCAACCAAGUGACAGGCAUCACCUUGAAUCCUUCCAAUCACCUGCAGGUUUACUCUUGCUCAGCAGAUGGCACUGUUAAAUUAUGGGACUUCAUUGACGGCAUCCUUAUCAAGACAUUUAUCAUUGGAUACCCUUUGUUUGCAAUAUAUGUGUCCGAGAAACACGAGGGAAUCCUUUUUCUUCAUGUUUCAAUGGCUGCAGGUUCCAAAAAUGAGUGUUUCCAGUUGAUUGCAGUACAUCUGCCCAAGUCAGCAGAGCAGGAGGUGGAGGCCAAAGAGAUGUCUGCUGUUUCCAAUCAUAUCAGCUCAAACCCCAGCUGCACGGCCUUCGGUAGAGAGGGGGAAUACAUAGCAUUUGCCAGGCAUCUCCAACUUAAUGUUUAUUUCUUCAAGAAGCAGAAGACGUACAGUUUUUCUCUAAAAGCCACAGAUAAGAAAGGAGCCAAAAACGCAUUCACAUGCAUAGCCUGUCACCCAACAGACGACUGCAUCGCCACCGGUCAUGAAGACGGAAAGAUCCGCCUCUGGAGAAACUUCAUUCACAAAAAAGAGUACACAUAUUCCACCCAGCACUGGCAUCACAAUGCUGUGAACACUUUGUGUUUUACUCCAGAAGGCACUCAUCUGCUGAGUGGAGGCAUUGAGUCAGUGCUUGUCCAGUGGCAGUAUGGGGCAGGCAACAGAAAAGAGUUCCUGCCCCGUCUCGGAGGAUCCAUUCUACAUGUAUCAGUAUCAUCUGAUGGCCAGUUGUUUUGCACUUCUCAUUCAGACAACAAGAUCACAGUUAUCGAGAGCAGUUUCAAAGUGUGUGGAGUAAUUCAGGGUUUAGUCAAAGGAGAUUCCGUUUUGACUGAUCUAAUGAUUGACCCGCGCAGUAAAGCUUUAGUGCUGAAUGGGAAACCGGGUCAUUUACAGUUCUACUCCCUGCUGCGUGACAAGCAUCUCUACAAUCUGGACAUAGUGCAGCAGGAAUAUAUUUAUGAAGCGGGCCUGGAUCAGUUUGAAGUGGUGAAGGCUGCUUUUGACGUAAAAGGGUCCUGGCUUGCUACAGUGGAGGAAAGGGGACAAAAAUCCUCUGAUCUUGAAUUUUUCCUCAAACUGUGGGCUUUCGAUGAAAGAACGCAAAGUUUCGUACUGAACACUACCAUCACUGCCGCCCACACGGAUCGGAUAAUCUCCAUGUGCUUCAGCUCUUCUGAGGAGACCACCAUGCUGGUGACCACAGCAGAAGACAGCCAGUUCAAAGCAUGGUGUCAGGGUGCUGACGCAGACACACAACAGGACCAGAACUUCUGGUCAUGUGAUUUUGUGGGCAGCUACCAUAACCUAAAGCCCACAAACUGCAGUUUCUCAGCCGAUAGCUCUCUCCUGGCGGUGAGCUUCCAAGAAGUCAUUACCAUAUGGAGCCCAGACACCUGGGAGAUGCUCACCACCCUCUGCCAACCACCUGGAGUAAUAAGGGACCUUUGUUUCGGCCGGUUAAGCUGCUCCAAAUACUUGCUUGGCGCGACCACCAGCAACCUACUCUGCUGCUGGAAUCUCCUCACUUGUGCAUUGGAGUGGAGCACAUCUGUGGAAGUUUCCAAGCUGCAGCCAGACCCCUUGUCAGAAAAUGUGGCCGCCUUUUCAUACCAGUCUAAACAUACAGACUUGUUUGUUUUCAAACCCAGUGAGCCGCGGCCUCUGUUCACUAAUAAGAACGUGUGUUCAGAGAAGGUACACCGUGCCGUCUUUGUUCCUCGAGAAGAGCCGUUGAACAAUUGUGACGAAAGUUCUCAGUGGCUCAACAGAUCUCAGCUGUACUUCCUCACCAAAAGCAUGGAUUUAUUGACCUUCAGCACAGCAACAGAAGAGGACAGAAUGUUGUCUUCAAGUAAACGGCUUGUCAUUGAUGACAGCGUUGCUGUAACCCCAUUUUACCUGCUGUUGGGAAAACACAGACAACAGCAGCAGAAACUCAGCACACAGUCCUAUCCAGCGGCUGACAAACCCCAACAGUCACAGGGCUCCGUUUCCAUCAAAGAAUUGUUACACACACCAGCUCAUGUUCUACCAGCUGCGUCAGUCCUGUGCUCAAUGUUUGUCAAUUCCCUCCUGAUUUCCAACACUGGAGUCCAGCAAGACCCCCUCAGGCAUGCUUUCAGAGAGGAAAUGGAAUCUUCAGAGCAGGAAAUGGACAGUGAGAAAGAGGAAGAGGAGUCCGAGGAGGAAAUGGAGGCAUGUGAUAGUCAGCAGGAGCUCAGAGUCCAGGGUUCAGUGGAUGAGGUGACGCCAAAGCUUUCUAAAGCACAAGAGAGGGAACUGAAGAGGGUCAGAAAGACUGACUUUAGCUGGAUGGCUGGCCUCUUUGACUCCAAACCGUGAUGAAGCAAUUUCACAAUCCUGUUAAUGUGUGUUGUUGUUUUUUUUGUUUUUUUUAUUCUUCCCAACUUGCUUCAGACCCAGACCAGUGGUUUGAUGAUUCUUUUUGGGACAACAAUGCUAUUUUGUAACUCUGAAUGUUAGUAUAAUGUUCAUCCAAUUUGCAUCAACAAUAAUUUAUAAAGAAGUUUUUGAACAAUGUACUGUGACAUUGAAUUUAUUUCAGUAUAUUUGUGUAUUUUAAUGAUGAACUUUAAUCACUAUAUACAUAUAUGUAUGUGUAUAUAUAUGUGUGUAUCAAUGUAUCUUGAUCUUGCACUGGAAAACAAGGCAAAAAUAUUGAGGAGGAACUCUGCUUUUUGCUUUGUGAUCCAAAGGUACAGUUCACAAUUUUUUAUAUAUAUAUAUAGGUAACAUCUCAGUUACUUUGUUAUUUUCUUUCUGUGUGCUAAUGUAAGCUAAAGACAUGGUAAACAUUGUAAACCUCAAUGUGUUAGAACUGCUUUCCAGGAAAUGUAUCAAAGGUCAUGGUUUUAAAGACUGCUGUUGUACAAAAUGAGUUGCUUGGGAUGCAAGUUACUUCACGUGUGCAUUUCUUUUUGAAACACUAAGGAGAAUAUCUUAUCUUUUACCAGCGACUGGAUUUCUAAUUCAAGCAAAGUCGAACUUCAGUUGAGCUUUGCUCCUGCUUUGCUGCAGGUUUUAACUGUGCAAUCAAAUGCAUGCUGCCUUAAUAUUUUUGCCUGAUUUACAUAGAAGAUAUUUCUAAGUAUUGGUUCUAAAAACACAAAGUUGCAUAAAAAUUUCAGGCCUAGACUCAGCAGAUCGACCUGAUUUGCCGCCCACCCAGAAGGGCAUGCUUUGUGUUCAUCACUGCCUUGUAAUCAGGUCGUUCUUUGUCUUUCCUUCUCAUGCAAGCCAAAAUGAACUCCGCUUUUAGUCAGUGCAUUAACUAAAACUCUCUGAAAGGGCCUUUUAGAGAAAAUUACCAGCAAACCCUUCUGAGGAAUGUGACCCUGUACUAUUGCCGCGGGAUGUGUUCCAGCUCCUGCCGGUUCACGGUCAACCUCUUGAAAUCACCCCUUUACUUAUUGCAAUCAGUCAAACAUUGCAUUUGGAUACAAAUCUGUUUAUUUCGAUUGGAGUGAGAUGCAGUACAAGUCUUGAGUUGUAUAUUCCCCCUGCAGUGGAGUGUGAACUACAAUUAUUGCAAGUAUAUCACACAACAGGAGUAUGCUUCCAUAAAAAAUAAUGUAUAUUUGUUCUUACAUUACAUUCAACUGGGUUUUAAGUAUAAUUAUUUGCAAAAGUGUUUCAUUUUGUAAUUGUGUAAAGGGUAAUAUCUUCUGUGGUGUUACAUAGGAUGACAAAACUGAAUUCAAAUAAAACUAGUCAACACAAGAAUAUAAAAAUAUUUUACAGGAUGUAAAUAAGGCUUCACAUUCAUAGAAGGACAGACAGUAUGCACUGAAUCAAUUAAGUGUUCAAAAAUGGAUGCUGAGUUUGUAAGGGCCUCAUGAUAUAACCCUGACAUGUUAAAAUUGCUUAUUUAACCAGUGAAAUCUUGGCACCUGUGUUUGUGACCAGCUGCACUUCAAACCAGCCAUCCACACUGGACUCAAUAAUCCCUUCUCUGUUCUGUGCAUAUGGUGGAUUCCUGCUGGUGUCCAACAUCAAUAUUACACAACUAUUACAAAAUACUUCAUAUAUAUGUCGAGCCAGCUGUGGUUGUCAAAAGGAUAUUAGUACCUGAACAAUUUUGGCUUGUGUGUCACAUAGGCAGGUCUGUAAUGUUUAUUUUGUACUACGGAAUAUUAGAUUAGCAUAUGAUUUGAAUGAAGGGAAAACUGAGGUGUGGCGUUACUUACAGGGCAGUAAAAUCACGAAGGUGUUAGAGUUAUUAGCUAGUUCUAAAAUAUGAGAAUCAUGCAGGACUGCUACUAUUUUGUGCAAAUAUCUUAAUACCUGAAGUGUCUUGUUGCGCUUAUUGUGUAAUGGACAAAGUGUAAUCAUGUAAAGUGCUGAAACAAUCUUUGUAAAAACAAGAAUUAUGUGCUAAAAUCACUUUCAAAUCAAACAAGACAAAAACAAAUCUAGUACUAAAAUCUCUAGUUGCAAUGGGGCGAGUGUAUCGGGGCCUAAUUCUCACACCAAUAAUAUUAGGAAUGUUUAACACAAGAAAACAGCUGCAAUUCCCUCACUUCCACAUGGUGAAAAAAAAAUCCACUUUGGUUACAUGAACAAACUGUAUAUGUCUGCAUAGGUUUCCAGAAGAGUUAUAAUAACAGUGUAGCACCACCGAAGCUGAGAUACAGAAUACUGACUACAUGUAUAUAAAUAUAUAAGCAUACCUGAAUGAAUAA